AUUCUGACUUCGCAUCCUACUAAUCGCUACCCUCACCUAGACCUGACUGCAUCGACCACACACGCAAUCUGACUGUCCUCAGCAAUCGAAAUGAGUUGCUAGAGUUGAUAUCACCUCCCCACCAAAGGAACCCAUCGACGACCCAUCUUCCACGACAAAGUCACCAUCUCAACCCUGCUUUAAUCCUCCACCACCCCCAUCUCCUCCGCCUCCUCCACGAUCACCAUCCAAAUGGAGCCACGCGCCCGUGCUGGCAGGCACAAAUCGAACCUGAACUUCGGCCCCGAACUCUCCGCCCUUCUCUACGCUUACGGCGCACCCACACAUCCCGACAUCGUCUCGCCCCUCGGGCCAUCAUCCCAGUCCUACCUCUCUUCUCUUCCUACACCCAACACAACCCACCCACCCACACCGUUUGGCCAACCCUUCCCCGAGACCCUGCGCGUCCUCGACGAGAUCCUAACGGACUUCAUAAUCGAGACAUGCCACAACGCCGUCAGCGUCGCGACAUACUCCGGCCGCGCGAAACUCAAGCUUUCGGACUUCGAGUUCGUCCUGCGCAAGGAUAGCAUCAAGCUCGGCCGUGUGCAGGAGAUGUUCAAGAAGAAACGCGACAUUGAUAACAAGAAGAAACUGUUCGACACCAACGAGGGCCGCGAGGGCCAGAAACUCGGUGUCGGGGAUCUGAUGAAUCUGGGUGAGGUCGUGGGUGAGGAGGGCACAGGGAAGGGGAAAGGACGAGGGCGCGGGCGGAGGAAGAAGAGAGAUCGCGAAGAGGUCGAGGCAGAUGCUGCCGACCUGGGAAAGGGAGGAGAUGUCAAUGGCGAAGACGAUGCGGAUGAGAGGACGAGUAAGAGGGCUAAGAGUGACGUCGGUUGAACAGAGGCAGAAGAUGGACGUUCGAUGGCGAUUGGCGACUAUGGAAAAUCUUUGCUCAUGGCAGACGCAGCGAUCACUAUGUCUACCGCUGCAACCACUGAACGUCAGCCGCUUGCGGAAACAUCAAACACCAGGCGAAGGAGACAUUGAGUCACCGGCAUGGACCACCUUGGCAGACGCUUUCGAAAGCGAACUUCAGUAUGCGCACACUGAACUGGCGCUUAUGACAGUCGUGAUCGAUUCUUCGGCAUAGGGAUAUGCCCUUUAUCUAUGGCAGCACACCCUGUCUAGAGCAUCAUGCUCGUCAAGUGUUUUACGGCGGCGCACCAGACCUUCCUUCAGCGAUAGUCCUGUUGCUGCGCCGGCAAUAUCGUUCAGUCACACCUCGACCAAGUCGAAUACACUUUUGACAACUCCGGACGCCUUUUCUCCUGGCUUCUGCUCGGUCAGGCGCAGCAAUCAAAAGCAGCCAUGAGCCAGACAUAUGCAAUCAUGCUUCAUACCUUCCGAGAUGGAAGGUUCAGAUAUCAAGCAUAAUACCCCUUAAUCCUCUACUUCACAUGUUCGACACUGACAAGCUCUCUGCCCGGUUCUGUCUCGUCUGACCUCCCUGUCUAUUCUGUCUUUGGCCCUUGUCCGCCGUGCCAGCCUCACCGCCACCCAUGGUCAACUGUGCCGUUGCUAGCCGGUUGGACAAAUCCAUUUGUGUGCGGAUCAUGUUGGCAAGGUAGG